AACCCUAUAGAGAGGGGUCCCGUCAUCCUGGGUCUACUUGUCUAACCCCCUAACCGGACGAAGAUGUACAUAUCCGUGAUAAAGGCAUGAAAAGCGAGAACCAAAAAGAGCCAUAGAACCGUAAAGAUAUUUUCGUAUCGGACACUGAUUUACUAUGGGGUUCUUAACUGAACUUGUGAAACUAGCUGUGAUCUUGAUAUUAGUGAGCUGUGAAUGCUAUGCUCUUCACCCACACACGCUCCUGGACACGCCUGAACUGAUUCGAAUCCGCGGCUACCCGGCUGAAGUGCAUCACGUGACCACUCGCGAUGGGUAUGUUCUUCAGGUACACAGGAUCCCCCGUGGCGUGUCUCCCGGGCCCCGCCCCUGCGCCCCCCGCACGCCCCUCCGAACGCAAAAGGCGAAGGGGACGAGAUGGGUCUUGUUGCAAUGGUUAAAUCAUAUUUAUGCUCGAGCGAUCCCGAGGUGUGACUCAGGGCAAGGGAAGCGCCGGGUUGUCCUGCUUAUGCACGGGGUUCUCUCCUCGUCUGACGAUUUCGUGCUGAAUGAUCCACACCAAGCGCUAGCCUUUAUGCUAGCGGACGCGGGUUACGAUGUGUGGCUGGGAAACGCGCGCGGCAACACCUACAGCCGCCGUCACGUGACACUCUCGCCCGACCAGCCCGAUUUCUGGGAUUUCAGCUGGGACGAAAUCGCUCGGUAUGACCUCCCGGAUAUGUUGGCCUACGUCAGGAACACCACAGGGGCGCCGACGCUGGACUACAUAGGGCACUCCAUGGGCACCACCGUCUUCUUCGCCAUGAUGGACUACUACCCUCAUAUCAACGGCUGGGUCCGGAAGAUGGUUGCCAUGGCCCCGUCGGCGUAUAUUCAUAAUAUUUUUGCUGGUUAUAGGCUGCUUUCUAUGUUCAACCAGAUGGUUGGCGGGAGUGCGAGCAAAUACGAAACAGGUCGGUUAUCCGCCGAAACGAAAACAAGUCUAGCCAAACUCUGUUCACCCGAGGCGUGGACCAGUAGUAUUUGCCUCAAGGUCAUUGCUCUCGUUGCUGGACCUUCCCGGCACGAAAUUCAAAGGGAUUACCUCCCCGUUAUCGUCGCUCACACACCCGCCGGCGUCGCGACCAGGAUCCUCACGCAUUACUCUCAGCUGAUUUUGGCCCGGAGGUUUCAAGCGUUUGACUACGGCCCAACAAGAAACCUCGACGAGUAUGGGUCACUCACGCCCCGCCAGUACUCGCUAAAACGAGUCACUGUCCCCGUGGGUUUGUUUUGGUCAGAAGAUGACUGGAUCAACACGCCUAGAGAUGUGGCGCGAAUCGCAAAGGAACUUCCGAACGUGACGCUAAACUACAAAGUUCCGGUCAGAAGGUUCAACCAUCUGGACUUCCUCUGGUCUGAGAACGCCCGCCGCCUGGUUUACAUCCCCUUGAUGAAAUUCUUAAAAGCGUAAAGAUUAAGAAGAAAAAAGAAAGAAAGAAGUUCCGGUUAGGUUCGGGUUAAAUUUAGCUGAUGCCCCAAUUAAGAAGAAAGAAGAAAAUAGAAAGAAAAAACAGUUCCGGUGAGGUUCGGAUUAAAUUUAGCUGAUACCCUAAACACAGUCAAAACAGAGGCAUUCGGACAUUCCCAUGAAAGGUUUUUGUCUCGUCUAAAGGUACCCCUUCGGCCCUGAUAAAGGUGACUUUUCAGUGGUGCUUUUUGGGCGUUUCUUAAAUAUCCGUGAGUGCUUGUAAAGGUACCCCUCAACCCUUCUAAAAAUGUCAUUUCGAUCCUUAUAAAGGUGACGCUUCGAUUUCCCAGCUUUCAGAUGACGGCGUUGAAUAAAUAAAGGCUAAAGCUGGUCGACUGCGUGCAAUAAGAUAAAAUAAUAAUAACAAUAAUAAAAGUACUGCUCUUAGAGUACAUCCGAGAUCCCUUAACAGUCACUGGCAGCGACAGGAGUCCCAAAUAUACCAUGGAAUCCCAAUUUCCGUGGUGUCCCCGUGAAGCUGCCACCUCAAAUUUUCACAAGGAAAUCGCUAAACGUAAUAAUGUUAUUGGAAUUAUUUUUGUUCCCUGACAUGUCAAAUUACAAAGAACAAAUGAGGUCGAAUGAUUUAACAAUAAAUUCCAGACUUGUCCAUUCCAAAUCUACAGAGUAUUUUCGUCCGCACUGCUGAAGUAGUCGUAGAUGACGUCAGGACCCAGGUUGUAGUGCCAACGGCCCGAAAGCUUCCAGCAACUGUUUUUUUAGAGUACAGAAAAGGUCCUUAAAUAAAGGUAUUAUGUCAUCUAUAAAGAAAAUAGCUAGAUUACGGGCCAAGCCCAGA